AUGUACAACAGGUCAUGUUGCCUCAUUGAAGGAGACCCCAUCACUCAGGUGCUGCCACCGCUGCUCAUUCUGGCCUUCCUGCUUGGCACCCUGGGCAACGGGAUUGCCCUGUGUGGUUUCUGCUUUCACAUGAAGACCUGGAAGCCAAGCACUAUUUACCUUUUCAACUUGGCUGUGGCUGAUUUCCUCCUCAUCAUCUGCCUGCCCUUUCGGACAGAUUACUACCUCAGACGCAGACACUGGGCUUUUGAGGAUAUUCCCUGUCGGGUGGUGCUCUUCAUGUUGGCCAUGAACAGGGCAGGAAGCAUCAUCUUCCUGACGGUGGUGGCCGUGGACAGGUAUUUCAAAGUAGUCCACCCCCACCACAUGGUGAAUACCAUCUCCAACCGGACUGCGGCUGGCAUCGUCUGUGCCCUUUGGGCCGUGGUCAUCCUGGGGACGCUGUAUCUUUUGAUGGAGAGCCAUCUAUGUGUGCAAGAGCAGGCCAUAUCUUGUGAGAGCUUCAUCAUGGAGUCAGCCAACGGCUGGCACGACAUCAUGUUCCAGCUGGAGUUUUUUCUGCCCCUCGGCAUCAUCUUGUUUUGCUCCUUCAAGAUUGUUUGGAGCCUGCAGCACAGGCAGCAGCUGGCCAGACAGACUCGGAUGAGGAAGGCCACCCGAUUCAUCAUGGUGGUGGCAGUUGUGUUUAUCACGUGCUACCUGCCCAGCGUGUCAGCCAGGCUCUAUUUCCUCUGGACAGUGCCCUCGAGUGCUUGUGAUCCAUCUGUCCACACAGCCCUCUACGUGACCCUCAGUUUCACUUACAUGAACAGCAUGCUGGACCCCCUGGUAUAUUACUUUUCAAGCCCCUCAUUUCCCAAAUUCUACACCAAGCUCAAAAUCCGCAGUUUGACACUCACGCAGCUGGGACACUCAAAGACACAAAGGCCAGAAGAGAUGCCAAUAUCCGACCUCUGUCGCAAGAGUUGCAUCAGUGUGGCAAAUAGUUUCCUAAGCCAAUCCGACGGUCAGUGGGAUCUUCAAAUGUGUUGA